AUGUCAUUUAUUGAAGGCAUUGGUGAUGAUUUUUUGUAUGCAUUUAUUUUUUUAAUUUUUAUUGGUAUUGUAUGUCUUGCUUGGCUUUCAACACAUGUUAAUAAUGUUCAUUUACCUACUACACUAUUUAUUAUUGAACGACGAACCCAUCGAACGAAUGGAGAAGGAUCAGAACGAGCCAGUCCAGCUCCAUCACCAAGCAUAAAUUCACAAAAUGAACAACUAACAUCACCAUCAUCAGCUAAUGAAACAUUAACAGAACAUGAAUCUGAUAUUGAAUCAAGUGAAGUCGAUGAAUUUCUAUCUGAACAAACACCCAUAUCAACACAAUCAAAUCCUAUAAAUCUAAAUGAAUCGACUUCCAUCGAAGGAGAAGAUCAAUCAUUAAGAAUUACAAUUAAAUUUCUUAAUGAAACUCAAAAAUCAAUUACAGCGAAUUCAAAUGAUACCAUAUAUAAAGUCAAAAGAUUAUAUUUUGCUGAUGAAUUAGCAAGUAAUAAAAUCGUUCGAUUUAUAUAUCAAGGUCGUGAAUUACAAGACCCACAAACACUUCGUACAUAUAAUAUUCGUGAUCAAACUAUAAUUCAUUGUCAAAUAAGUACACGACGACAUUCAACACCUAAUAGAAUCAAUGAUGGAAUAACAACUACACAUGGAUUUGAUACAUCAUCAUUUCUUGAUGCAUCACCAAUUACUAUUUCAUCACAUUUUAUUCUUUUUAUCGCAUUAAUUCUUGGAUCCGUUUGGUAUUUACGUAUUAAAUUUCGUGUUCUAUUUACACCUAUAUCAACAAUUAUUCUUAUUUUAAUCACAAUUAUAUUUUUGAUAUUUACAUGUGGUCCCGUAUUAACAACACGUCGACAAAUAUCAGAUACAAGAAUUCCAACACAAAUACAACAUGUUCAUGUUGAAUGA